UCUUCCUCCGCGGCGCCUCCGCUUCUGCUUCGCUGUUGGAAAACGCUUGCUUUUGAUUGCGUUGCGAUAGCUGUGAAAUCCUUUAAUAAGAGGAAGACAAGGAGUUAGAAGAGGAAGUGUUUGGUGGCAUUGGUGUUUCCUUUCUCUGUACUCUCCAACGCGCCUUUCUUUCUCCCUUUUUAGCCAUCUCUGGAAAGGCUGCGCCUGAGUUGGUUUUUGCAGGGAGUGCUCGCACUCUAGUUUUGUUCCGAAUCCGGAAAUUAUGGCUACAAUCGGUGACAUAGGCCUCGCUGCAUCUAUAAACAUUCUGACUGCCUUUGCAUUCCUACUUGCAUUCACUAUACUGCGUUUGCAGCCAUUCAAUGACAGGGUAUACUUCCCUAAAUGGUACCUUAAAGGAGUAAGAAGCAGCCCUACGAGAUCUGGCACAUUUCUACAUAAGUUUGUCAAUUUAGACUUCAGAUCAUACUUGAGGUUUCUUGACUGGAUGCCUGCUGCUCUCAAAAUGCCUGAACCUGAGUUGAUUGACCAUGCAGGAUUAGAUUCUGCUGUUUAUUUGCGGAUAUACCUGUUAGGGCUUAAAAUAUUUGUUCCUAUCACUUUGUUGGCUUUUGCGGUCUUGGUACCUGUCAACUGGACAAAUAAUACUCUGGAGUUAGAGUCUGCCAAGUCUUCAAAGUUGGAGUUCAGUACAAUAGACAAGCUUUCUAUAUCAAAUAUCCCCAGCGGAUCAAAUAAGUUUUGGGCCCACUUGGUGAUGGCAUAUACCUUUACCUUUUGGACUUGCUAUGUGCUAUUAAAAGAAUAUGAAAUAGUUGCAUCAAUGAGGUUGCAUUUUCUAGCCUCAGUGAAACGCCGACCAGAUCAGUUCACAGUCCUUGUAAGGAAUGUCCCACCUGACCCAGAUGAGUCAAUUGGUGAGCUUGUAGAGCACUUUUUCCUGGUCAAUCAUCCUGAUCAUUAUCUUACUCAUCAGAUUGUCUAUGAUGCCAACAAACUUGCUAAUAUGGUUCAAAAGAAGAAAAACAUGCGGAACUGGUUGGACUAUUAUCAGCUGAGGUUUGAAAGAAAUUCAUCUACAAGACCAACUUGUAAGACUGGUUUUCUUGGGCUAUGUGGUAACAAGGUGGAUGCGAUUGAAUACUACUCAUCAGAGAUUGAAAAGCUAUCUAAAGAUGAGGUUGAAGAGCUUAAUAGAAUUAAGAAGGAUUCAAAGUCUGUCAUGCCGGCAGCAUUUGUUUCAUUUCGAACACGUUGGGGAGCAGCUGUUUGUGCUCAGACACAACAGACCAGAAAUCCAACUCUAUGGUUGACAGAUUGGUCCCCUGAACCUCGUGAUGUUUACUGGCAAAAUCUAGCCAUCCCUUUGGUCCACCUAAGUGUUAGGCGAUUGAUAAUAGCAGUUGCAUUCUUCUUUCUUACUUUCUUCUUCAUGAUCCCAAUAGCGUUUGUUCAGUCUCUAGCAAAUAUUGAGGGUAUUGAGAAAGCCGUUCCAUCUUUGAAGCCCUUUAUUGAAUUAAAAUUUAUUAAGUCACUAAUUGAAGGUCUUCUUUCUGGAAUUGCUCUGAAGAUUUUUCUUAUCUUGCUACCUACUAUAUUGAUGCUUAUGUCCAAGUUUGAAGGACAUAUUUCAUUAUCAUCUUUGGAGAGAAGAGCAGCGUCAAAAUAUUAUAUGUUUUUGCUUGUAAAUGUAUUCCUUGGGAGCAUAAUUGCUGGGACUGCAUUCCAGCAACUAAAUACUUUCAUCCAUCAGUCAGUUAAUGAGUUUCCUAAGACAAUUGGCUUAGCAAUUCCCCAGAAAGCUACAUUUUUCAUUACAUAUGUCAUGGUUGAUGGUUGGACAGGAGUUGCUGGGGAGAUUUUACGAUUGAAACCUUUGAUAAUCUAUCACCUGAAGAACUUUUUCUUUGUGAAGACUGAAAAGGAUAGAGAAGAGGCUAUGGACCCUGGAAGUUUUGAAUUUAGUUCAUCUGAACCUCAGAUACAGUUAUAUUUCUUACUUGGUCUUGUAUAUGCUGUGGUCACACCAUUCUUACUUCCUUAUAUAAUAGUAUUUUUUUGUCUGGCAUAUCUUGUUUUUCGCCAUCAGAUCAUAAAUGUCUACAAUCAAGAAUACGAGAGCGCUGCAGCAUUCUGGCCAAAUGUGCAUGGACGCAUAAUUACUGCAAUGAUAAUAUCUCAAGUCGUUCUUUUUGGAUUGUUAAGCACAAAACUAGCAGCAAAUUCUACACCUUUCCUCAUUGCUCUUCCUGUACUGACAAUAUGGUUUCAUAGAUUCUGUAAGAACCGCUAUGAGUCUGCUUUCAGAAGAUAUCCACUUCAGGAAGCAAUGAUGAAGGAUACUGUGGAACGAACCCGAGAGCCAAACCUGGAGCUGAAAGAAUACCUGUUGAAUUCUUAUAUCAACCCAGUGUUCAAGGAGGUCGAUGACCUUGUUGACAACUCUGUUCUUGAUGAGGAAGAGUUUGAAACUGUGCUUGUACCAACAAAGCGGUCUUCACGCAUAAAUACACCGGUGCCCAGCAAACACGCUAGCGACUUCUCAUCAACUUCUUUACCUGAGGUCACCCUGCAUGAUCGACAAUUAUGAUGAGCUUGCAUAGCUGCGUAUUGUUUCAAUGUAUUCAAAAUAUUCAUUUUCUCCCCUCCCAGAUGUGUAGUAGUAUUUCACCUACCAAGGACUUGGGUGAUUGAGCUUUUAGUUUGCUAUGUAAA